AUGACUCCGUUAGCCAACAAUAUGCUCUCUAUACUCAUGGUCAUCUUCGAGUGGUGUUCCGCCAUCCUUACAACUGUGCGGAGCGUACAGGCCAUCAGAAGUAACGGUACGAGCUGGCAGGAGCAGAAGAAGGGCUUUUUCUAUUUGAUAUUGGAGCAAGGUGUUCUUUAUUUCUGCAUUAUAUCGCUGUUCACUGUUACUGCCGUCAUCCUCAAUUUCCGUACGACCGGAUUUUGGCAAAGGCUCCUGAAUGCCUUCACUCUCCCGCUCUCAGGACUCCUUACCGCCCGCUUCCUCCUGCACCUCCGCGAAUGGGAGUCCUCCACAUACGUGAGCGGAACCAAGUCCACCCCGGGCGGCGACGCGGAACGAAACCAGCUCUCGGAAUUCGAAGUCGCGCGCAGAACCGCCAAUUCUCUCGUCGACGACUUCGGCGAGGACCCGGUUAUGAGGGAGAGGAAUCGGGAUACGCUGCCGGUGGAAAUGCCAAUGGAGGAGCGGAGCGCCGGGUCGCGCUCGGGCGGUUCCCAAGAGGAGGUGGUGCUCAAUUUGUCGGUGAAGGAGGGGAAGAGACGCGCGAUUGUGUGA